AACAAUCAGGGGGAAAAAACGCCGAUGUACAGUGACUUAAGGACGCAAGAAGCAGGCGCAUUGCAUUGUGGUCGCCGGUGCCUGCCCUGCACAAACAGAAAGCAUCAGCUCUCCACCGAACUACACUCAUAUCAGCCUGGACAGGACACUAAGAUUUCAGUAGUUGGUGAUCUUUGACCGUCUACGAAACAGCCAUGUCGUCGACAUCCCAGAAACAUAAAGACUUUGUGGCCGAGCCCAUGGGCGAGAAGCCUGUGAACGCUCUGGCAGGCAUUGGAGAGGUCCUUGGCAAAAGACUGGAGGACAAGGGUUUUGACAAGGCGUACGUGGUCCUCGGACAGUUUCUGGUGCUGAAGAAAGACGAGGAGCUUUUCCGGGACUGGCUGAAAGACACUUGCUCUGCAAAUAUCAAACAACAAGGUGACUGCUUUGGGUGCCUCAAAGAAUGGUGCGACGCCUUCUUAUAAAGUGUUCAGUCAUCGUUUUCUACUUCUGAAUUACAAACUGUACAUUACCUCUUCAGUGCUAUCCAUUAUAUUCAGCUAUACCACAAAUAGGAACUGACACUGUGCACCCUAAUGAAGUCAUUGAAGUCAUUUUUAUAUUUAAAUUACACUCAAAGCUGCAAGUAUAUUUCUUGACCCCAAACAGAAUUCACAAAUGCCAUUUUCAUGGUCUUUCACAAGUAGGAUUCAUCUUUCUUUAAAAUGAUAUUCAUACCGUAACAUUUUAUCUGGCCAUGAUGUCGGUAGGCCUUUUUAUGGUGAACAUUUGAACAUGUCCUAGUAGUAAGUAGGGCUGUAGCUGUAGCAGUUUUGGAUAAACACGGUCAGUCAAUAUUAUGACCAAUCCAAUCCAAUGAUAGAGUAAAUCAACCCCUGUUUGUCCGUUAACAGUGAAGCUGCUCAAGUAUUGAUAUGCUCUACUGGAACACCAUUUACAGCUUCAGUAGAAUCUCGUGUGACAAAACUGAUGUAAUCUAUUGGUUAUAUGUGUCUUAACUAACCUGUUAAACAAUAGUAGAUCACACGGUGUUAGUUUGCAGUGAGCUCCACAUUAUCUCUGACUUUUUCUGACAUGAUGCCUUAAUGCAUGCUAUUCCAAACAUGUUAUUAACCUGUAAAACCUGCAGUAGUGCAUGUCUGGGUUGUGCCAUUGAAUCUUCCACACCCCACCAGCUGUUUGAAGGUGUACCUGUUGUGUAGCAGCUUUUUGUGAAACACUCGCUAAUUUGUUGUCAUUCAACUGUGUAAACUCUUCAGUUUUUAUAUUCCAAAUUGUAUUGGUAAAAACAAAAAGCCAGUACCAGAUUUGGAAACACAUGUUUUUCUCUUACAUGUUCAUUAAAGAUUCAAUUUCUAUCAAAUAAAAUCACAAGUGCGAAAACA